UAUGUGUUUCUUCUCCAGGUGAACCGUCCUAUUGGCAGGGUACAGAUCUUCACUGCAGACUUGUCUGAAAUUCCCCGUUGCAACUGUAAAGCUACUGAUGAGAACCCCUGUGGGAUAGAUUCUGAGUGCAUCAACCGCAUGCUGCUCUAUGAGUGUCACCCCACAGUAUGUCCUGCUGGAGGGCGCUGCCAAAACCAGUGCUUUACUAAGCGCCAGUAUCCAGAGGUUGAAAUUUUUCGCACAUUACAGAGGGGCUGGGGUCUCCGGACAAAAACAGAUAUCAAAAAGGGUGAAUUUGUCAAUGAAUAUGUGGGUGAGCUAAUAGAUGAAGAAGAGUGCAGAGCUCGAAUCCGUUAUGCCCAAGAACAUGAUAUCACUAAUUUCUAUAUGCUCACUUUAGACAAAGAUCGUAUUAUUGAUGCUGGUCCCAAAGGAAACUAUGCUCGAUUCAUGAAUCAUUGCUGCCAGCCCAACUGUGAAACACAGAAGUGGUCUGUGAAUGGAGACACCCGUGUUGGCCUUUUUGCCUUGAGUGACAUUAAAGCAGGCACUGAACUUACCUUCAACUACAACCUAGAAUGUCUUGGGAAUGGAAAGACUGUUUGCAAAUGUGGAGCUCCGAACUGCAGUGGCUUUUUGGGUGUAAGGCCAAAGAAUCAACCCAUUGCCACAGAGGAAAAGUCAAAGAAAUUCAAGAAGAAGCAACAGGGGAAGCGCAGGACCCAGGGUGAAAUCACAAAGGAGCGAGAGGAUGAGUGUUUCAGCUGUGGGGAUGCUGGCCAGCUCGUCUCCUGUAAGAAGCCAGGCUGCCCCAAAGUUUACCAUGCAGACUGUCUCAAUCUAACCAAGCGACCAGCAGGGAAAUGGGAGUGUCCUUGGCAUCAGUGUGACAUCUGCGGAAAGGAAGCAGCCUCCUUCUGUGAGAUGUGUCCCAGCUCCUUUUGUAAGCAGCAUCGGGAAGGGAUGCUCUUCAUCUCCAAACUGGAUGGGCGUCUGUCUUGUACUGAGCAUGAUCCCUGUGGGCCCAACCCUCUGGAACCUGGGGAGAUCCGUGAGUAUGUACCUCCUACAGUACCGCUGCCUCCAGGCCCAAGCACUCACCUGGCAGAGCAAUCAUCAGGAGUAGCUGCUCAGGGGCCCAAGAUGUCGGACAAGCCAUCUGCUGACACCAACCAGACGCUGUCGCUGUCCAGAAAAGCUCUGGCAGGGACUUGUCAGAGGCCACCGCUGCCUGAAAGGCCUCCUGAUAGAACUGACUCCAGGCCCCAGCCUGUAGAUAGGGUCAGGGACCUUGCUGGGUCAGGGACCAAACCCCAAUCCUUGGUAUCCAGCCAGAAGCCAUUGGACAGGCCACCUGCAAUGGCAGGACCACGACCCCAACUAUCUGACAAACCCUCUCCAGUGACCGGCCCAAGCUCCUCACCCUCAGUCAGGUCACAACCACUGGAAAGACCUCUGGGGACAGCUGACCCGAGGCUGGAUAAAUCCAUAGGUGCUGCCAGCCCAAGGCCCCAGUCACUGGAGAAAACCCCUGUCCCUACUGGCCUGAGACUUCCACAGCCAGACAAACUGCUAGUCACCAGCGGUCCCAAACCCCAGACUUCAGACAGGCCCCCCGACAAAUCCCAUGCCUCUUUGUCCCAGAGACUCCCACCUCCUGACAAAGUACUAUCAGCUGUGGUCCAGACCCUGGUAGCUAAAGAAAAAGCACUGAGGCCUGUGGACCAGAAUACUCAGUCAAAAAAUAGAGCUGCUUUGGUGAUGGAUCUCAUAGACCUAACUCCUCGCCAGAAGGAACGGGCAGCUUCUCCCCAUGAGAUCACACCACAGGUUGAUGAGAAGAUGCCAGUGUUGGAGUCAAGCUCGUGGCCUGCCAGCAAAGGUCUGGGACAGAUGUCACGAGCCAUUGAGAGAGGGAUUGUGUCAGAUCCUGUCCUUCAGCCACCGGGCAAAGCAGCGGCCCCUUCAGAGCACUCCUGGCAAGCUGUUAAAUCACUCACCCAGGCCAGACUUCUUUCUCAGCCCCCUGCCAAGGCUUUUUUGUAUGAGCCAGCAACUCAGGCCUCAGGAAGAGCACCUGCAGGGGCUGAGCAGACCCCAGGGCCUCCCAGCCAAGCACCAGGCCUGGUGAAGCAGGUGAAGCAGAUGGCCGGAGGCCAGCAACUACCUGGACUUGCUGCCAAGAGUGGGCAGUCCUUCAGGCCUCUUGGGAAGGCCCCAUCCUCCCUCUCCACUGAAGAGAAGAAGUUGGCAACCACAGAGCAGAGCCCCUGGGCCUUGGGCAAGGCCUCACCAGGGCCAGGGCUCUGGCCCAUGGUGGCUGGACAGACACUGGCACAGUCUUGCUGGUCCUCUGGGAGCACACAGACAUUGGCACAGACUUGCUGGUCUCUUGGAAGAGCGCAAGACCCUAAAUCAGAGCAAAAUACCCUUCCAGCUCUUAACCAGGCUCCUUCCAGUCACAAGUGUGCAGAGUCAGAACAGAAAUAAUACCAGUAAAUGCCACAUGACCAGACCAGCUGCCCCCAGGGUUCUUGGGGAAGGGAAAAAUCUUUUUCCCUCUUAAAAAACAGAUCAGACCCCCAACACUUUUCCACUGUUACUCUCUCCUUAUAUCCCAACAUUCAGAACUCUUGCGACAUUAGCCAGUGGGGGCUUGUGGUUGUGUGAACCAUGUAUGGAAAUCCAAGUGGGCCCCAGCCAAGGAGACAGACUCGGGUCUCUUUCCCCCCAACCUUUACUCAUGGUGAACUUGAAAUAAAAAGUCCACUCUGGA